CAUAGAAAUUUUAAACUUGAUUUUAUUAUAUUUUCUAGAGUUAUUUCAUGAAUAUAAAAAUGCUUAAGGCUCUCAUUCCGAAGAAAUUCCUGUGUCGAUAUCCUCUCAGCACAGGUGCUAUUGUCGGGAGUAUUACACUUAUGUGUGUCACAGUUAUAUGCAUUGUAGCACUAAUCGUCCAGGUCUUGUUGAUGAAAAACUGCGCGAACUGUAGUGCCUACGUGUGGCGGAACGCUUACAGUUUCAGCAUCACCGGCGUCAUUUACUGCUUCAUUAUGUUCGCAAUGCACGGUUGGCUGAUGUGGGGAAUUAAAAAGAAAAAGUCUUCAGUCCUGUUGUCCUGGGUGGUAAUUACGUCUAUGUGGCUGUCACAAACAUUCUUCCUGCUAAUCACUUUGAUAUGCAUGCACAGUUCCGAAAUCAAUUUUGUAGCUUGGAUUCUCUGUCUCGUUCUUGGACUGAUCGCUAUAGGUGUGCUAACUUACUUCGUCCUCAUCGUUUUUGGACUUUGGCAAGAAGUGAAACAUUUACGAGAAAAAAGUGUUACUAUAACAAUGUCUACAGAUAACUAAUUCUAUAUGAGAUGAUUGUAACAC